AUGGCUGAGGCAAGCAUAAGAGCGGCAUCCAAGGUGCAAGGAGACCGAAUGCUAAGGGAACAGUUGCGAGUGCAGAACAAGCGUCAAAACUCGCAGACAACCAACCACCCUGAGAGUAGCACUACCGCUACUAACAAACGGCACAAACCGGACAACGGUGCACCCAAUCAGCCCCAACCAACAGGACAAGCCCAAGAAAAAAAAAGGUCGCGUGAGGAGCGUUCAUGUCCCUAUUGUAAGAUAAUGCCAGGCCCACAUCGGGUUCGGUCUAUGUCCCAAGAUGGCUUCGAAUCAGGCCAAGCAGGCUGA